GUUUUUGAGUUACAACUCCCAGAAUCCACGUGAUAGCGGAAGAAGCGCAAACCGAACAUCACAGCGCCGCACAAACCAUCAGCACGAGCAGCUCUGUGUACACAUGCCAUAAACCCGCAUGUCUUCAGACAAGACCAAGCCCUUUCCACGCUAAGACCGCCUCUUUCGCUUCGAAAACACGCCCACCGCGGCUGAAAACCCAGCGAUUGGUCCCGCCUCUUUCAGCUGUCACUUUACUCCGCCCACUUGAGAGAAAGAUCGUCUUUUCAUUUGUUCUUGGUCAAGUCGCUCAGGAGGUGCCCGCCUCCUCCUGGAAUAUUUGGUUCAAUUCUGGACGCGGCUGCUAGCUCCUGUCAGAACCCGGGUGGGCGUCGGGCAGCGCGGGCUUUGCCUGUGAUAGAGUCGGAAUGGAGCCAGGCCGUGAUUGUAUGUGACACCCCCUCCUCACCCGGACUAAAGAUGGCGGGUGGUCCUAAAGCAUUGCCCCUAUUCAACAUGGCGGCGCGCAGCCACGGCUGUGUCCUGGCUCUGGUUUUUGCGGUACUCUGCGGCUGCAUGGGCAGCUCGUCCGUGGCCGGAGAGGACAGUGAGGAGACCGUCAUUAUUGGGCUGCGGCUGGAGGAUACUGACGAAGUCUCGGCCAUGCACGGCGGAGCUCUGCGGGUUAGCGAGCGGACUCGGGUCCGGUUGCGGGUUUACGGUCAGAACAUCAACAACGAGACGUGGUCCCGCAUCGCCUUCACUGAGCACGAGCGGAGCCGAAGCAAAAGCGGGGCCCCUGGGGAAGAGGAAGGUUUCCACCCCUGCGGUAUCCGCACCUCGGACAUCAUCAUCCUGCCUUUCAUUGCGCUGAGCCGCCGCAGCUCGGGCAUCGUGGAGAUCGAUAUCAAACCCCUGAGGAAGACUGAGAAGAGCAAGUCGUACUACCUGUGCACCUCCAUCUCCACUCCACCCAGUGGUGGCCACCCUCAGCUCUGGGCCGACACCACCUGGAUCUAUCAUGAUGGGGAGGACACCAAGGUGAUUGUGGUGGAAGAGAAGAAGUUCUUGUUGCCUUUUUGGCUUCAGGUCAUCUUCAUAGCCAUGCUGCUGGGCCUGUCCGGCAUGUUCAGUGGCCUCAACCUGGGACUCAUGGCUCUGGACCCCAUGGAGCUGCGCAUUGUCCAAAACUGUGGCACAGAGAAAGAAAAGAACUACGCCAAGCGCAUCGAACCCGUUCGUAGACAGGGAAACUACCUGCUGUGCUCCCUUCUGCUGGGCAAUGUCCUGGUCAACACCACCUUGACUAUCCUAUUGGACGACAUCGCUGGAUCUGGACUGGUGGCCGUGGUGGUGUCUACUAUAGGCAUCGUCAUCUUCGGAGAGAUUGCGCCACAGGCCAUCUGUUCCAGGCAUGGGCUCGCCGUCGGCGCCAACACCAUCUUCUUGACCAAGUUCUUCAUGAUGAUGACCUUUCCGGCUUCCUACCCGGUCAGCAAGCUGCUGGACUGUGUGCUGGGUCAGGAAAUAGGCACUGUCUACAACAGGGAGAAACUGUUAGAGAUGCUGAGGGUCACUGACCCCUACAAUGACCUAGUCAAAGAGGAACUUAAUAUCAUCCAGGGUGCCCUGGAACUGAGGACCAAAACCGUGGAGGAUGUAAUGACCCCUCUCCGCGACUGCUUUAUGAUGGCCGGGGACGCAGUAUUGGACUUUAACACUAUGUCCGAGAUCAUGGAAAGCGGCUACACCAGGAUACCUGUCUAUGAAGGGGAGAGGUCUAACAUUGUGGACUUACUCUUUGUAAAGGACCUGGCAUUUGUGGACCCCGAUGACUGUACCCCUCUAAAGACAAUCACCAGGUUCUACAACCACCCCUUGCACUUUGUUUUCAAUGACACCAAGCUGGAUGCCAUGCUCGAGGAAUUCAAAAAAGGUAAAUCACACCUUGCUAUAGUGCAAAGGGUUAACAACGAGGGAGAAGGCGAUCCAUUUUAUGAAGUGCUUGGCAUUGUUACCCUCGAAGAUGUGAUUGAAGAGAUCAUCAAAUCUGAGAUCUUGGAUGAAACGGACUUGUACACUGAUAACAGGACGAAAAAGAAGGUAAUGCACCGGGAGAGGAAGCAGGACUUCUCCGCUUUUAAACAAACCGACAACGAGAUGAAGGUUAAAAUAUCACCACAGCUUCUCCUGGCAAUGCACCGUUUCCUAGCAACAGAAGUCGAUUCAUUUAGCCCCUGUCAGAUGUCAGAGAAAAUCCUCCUAAGACUGCUGAAACAUCCCAAUGUCAUCCAAGAGCUGAAGUUUGAUGAGCGGAACAAGAAGUCUGCUGAAUACUACCUCUACCAGCGGAAUAAGCCUGUGGACUACUUUGUUCUCGUUUUACAGGGGAAGGUAGAAGUGGAAGCGGGCAAGGAAGGCAUGAAGUUUGAAGCAGGUGCAUUUUCAUACUAUGGCGUAAUGGCUCUCACUGCAUCACCAGUUCCCUUAUCCUUGUCUCGUACCUUUGUUGUCAGCAGAACAGAAUCGUUAGCAGGUUCUCCAGCAGAGAAUAAAUCUCCACCCCGUCCUUGUGGAUUGAACCAUUCCGACUCACUUAAUAGAAGCGAUAGAAUUGAUGCAGUGACACCUACACUGGGGAGUAGCAACAACCAGCUCAACGCCUCCUUCUUGCAAGUCUAUAUCCCUGACUACUCCGUAAGAGCCAUAACAGACUUGCAGUUUGUCAAGAUCACAAGGCAGCAGUACCAAAAUGCGUUAAUGGCUUCACGUAUGGACAAAACCCCUCAAUCCUCAGACAGUGAGAACACUAAAAUAGACAUGACUCUUACUGAGCUACAUGAUGGCUUAGCAGAUGAAACGGCAAAUCUGUUAAAUGAACAGAACUGUGUCACACACAACAAGUCCAAUCACAGUAUGCACAACGAAGGUCCGAUUUGAAAGGGUUCAGCCCAGCUCAUUGACAUUCAGGACUGUCUUUACUUCAUUCUCAAGCUUCCUUCACCGGAUUCCUGUCUGUGCAACUGUGAACAUCUUGAGUUAACGUGCUCAUGCCGAGUGCCACCCAGCAUUCUGAGACCAAAGAUUCUAAGCCCAGCGGUGGCAGGAACCGAAGUGCUUAAAACAGGAGCAGGAGAGAGACAUCAGGAAUAAAGCAAAUAAUAGUAAUAAAUAAAACUAGGGAUUGGUGAGUGAGACCAAAAAAUGAUAUGAUCAUCCAACUAAAGAAGACACCGUUUUAUCCCCUAUUGACUCGUGGCAUUUGUGAAAAAAGAAAACGUUAAUUGUUAAUGUUUUCAUAUCAGAAUCCGACCAAUCCUAAAGCAGUCAUCACUACUGCAAUUUUAUGGUUGGACGUCAAAAACUCAGGCCUUAAAUACAUGUUAGCCUGCUUCUCAUAAACUCCAAAGUGACUGGCUUCUGAAAUUUUCCAGUCCACGGGAAAUUUCAGCAAAAAAACAAAAUAACGAUAUAGGUACUUUGUUGUAUCAAAUAUGAUAGGGCAGUUAAUGGUUUCCCUUUCUUCCACAUCUUUGGAAGGUGUUCAUUCUUGAAUUGACUAGUUGAAACCUGUAAGAGUAAGGGUUGUUGGCAUUUUUGUUUUGCAGAAAAUGUUUUUCCUUCCAGAAAUUAGAAGUCUUACAUGUUAGGUUUUUUCCCUUUGUUUUAUAUUUUCAAAUUAGAUGGCUACCAAAGUUAAUUUUUUUUCUUUGCUCGUAAUUCUGUGUUCAACUGAUAUCCCUGUACACUGAGCAAAUAUAAGAUACAGAUCUUAUCAUUCUUUACAGUGGACUAACCCAAAGAUAUGUCAGAUUACAUAUAUAUUUUUGUGGAUUUUUUUUUUUUUUAAAGAAAAAUUUUAAUGUAAUUUUAAACAUAUAUGUCGAUCAUUAGGAUUUAGCAUGAACCAUCCAGUGCAGUUUCCAUUUGGAUACCAGGUUUUCCAGACUGAGAAAACUUAUGACCUUUAGAAAUACAACUUAUUUCCCCCUGAUUCUUCCAUUCCCCAUCGUGAUAUUUCCCCUCGUAAACCAGAAGUUAGCUGUGUCAGUGCCUUAUGAUUAGGUGAUGAAUAUUCCCUUGUGUAACGCUGGGAAAAAGAUAAUGAUCAAGAUUGUUGCUCGUUUUUAUCGUUCAGCUGUAAACAACUGUCUUACAACCGUACAAAGAACACAUUUUGUUGGCUUAUAUUCCAUUGUACAAUUGUCCAAAUGAUCAUCGUAAAACACUAAACAAGAAUAUUUCUCUAAAUCAUCAACCGCAAUGUGUUUGAUACAGCUAAAAGUCACAGGGACAUGGUUAUUCCACAUCUGAGUACGUUUAGAAUAAUCUGUUACCAAUCUGUGUUCAUGAUCCGAUAGUUUUUGGUUUAGUUCUCUGUUUUUAGAACCCGCAAUAUCAAUGCAAUUUCUGGAGUGAAAAAAAAAGUAUUUUAAUCCCUCAUCGCUGUGCAAGUCUCUUCGAUACUUUCAUCCAACCUACAAACAAAAAGGGUGUUCUACGUUAAACGAAAAUAUUUCGAAUAUUUUUCUAGAAUAUGUUGUAUUUUAUGUACUUCAAUGAUAUUUUCAUGUUGAUUAGAAAUGCUGCUAUGUUAACCGGUCUUAAUGAUAAUUUGUGUGCUACUGUGUACCAGGUGAUGCCCUGCCAGAUCAUACAAUUAUGUGUGGAA